AUGGAGGUCAACACGUUGACAGUAAAACAUAUGAACAAGACAGUUAUACCAGAAUUUCUGCUCAUUGGAUUCUCUAUCCAGAAAAAGACACAGUUUUGUCUUUUCAUAAUAAUUUGCAUUGCAUAUGUUGUUACAAUGACAGCUAAUGUGUUUAUUAUUAUUAUGGUAAAAACUGAAAGGCGUCUUCAUAAGCCUAUGUACUUUUUCAUCGGUGGACUUUCAUUCAUUGAGAUUUGGUACCCUUCAGUCACUAUCCCCAGACUCUUGUGGUCUCUUAAAACUACAAAGGAAGCAAUAUCCCCAGCUGGGUGCAUAACACAGUUUUAUUUUCAUUUUUCCCUUGGAGCAACUGAAAUCUUUCUCCUUACUGUGAUGGCUUAUGAUCGUUAUGUGGCCGUUUGUAACCCUCUUCGCUAUAUGGCCAUAAUCAAUCCUAAAGUUUGCACCAUACUCAUACUCGGGUCUGGGGUUUCUGGUUUUGUUUCAAUGAUUACUCCAUGUGUACAGAUUGCAAACUUGUCAUUUUGUAGGGAGAACCAAAUUGAUCAUUACUACUGUGACUUGGCGCCAAUACUCAAAUUGUCUUGUUCUGAGACUUCAAGCAUUGAAAAGCUGUUUUUUUGCCUUAGCUUGUUCAUAAUAUUAGGCUGUUUUUUCUUAAUUGUUAUCUCCUAUAUUUGCAUAAUCAGGACAACUCUGAUGUUUCCAACAGCUAUAGGGAGGCGCAAAACAUUCUCUACUUUUACUUCGCACCUUAUUGUUGUAUUGCUUUUUUAUGGGCCUAUCAUCUUUAUGUUUGUCAGACCCAGCACCGGUGGCCUCAUGCACCUGAAUAAAAUAGUUUCCAUCAUCCCGUCAGUAGUAACUCCUCUUUUAAAUCCAAUCAUCUAUACUCUGCGUAACCAGGAGGUACAUAUGGCCAUGAAGAAAACAGUUCAAAGAUUUGUUUUUCCUGUAGAGGGCAAUAUCAAUUAG